AUGGCACAAACAAAUUCUUCAAUUAUAGUGGGAGUUCACUAUAAAGUUGGGAAAAAGAUAGGAGAAGGGUCGUUUGGGAUAAUUUUUGAAGGAAUUAAUUUAUUAAACAAUCAACAAGUUGCAAUUAAGUUUGAACCUCGAAAGUGUGAAGCACCACAACUCAGGGAUGAAUAUAGAUCCUACAGAAUAUUAAAUGGAAGUGUGGGUAUACCUCAAGCAUAUUUUUUCGGACAGGAAGGUGUACAUAAUAUAUUGGUGAUUGAUUUGUUAGGUCCUUCGUUAGAGGAUUUGUUUGACUGGUGUGGCCGUAAAUUCUCAUUCAAGACAGUAAUCCAGGUAGCCAAACAAAUGAUCAGUAGAGUGCAAACUAUUCAUGAAAACAAUUUGAUUUAUAGAGAUAUCAAGCCCGAUAACUUCUUGAUUGGCAAGCCAGGUACACCUCAGGCAAACCAAGUAUACGUAGUUGAUUUUGGAAUGGCAAAGCAAUUCAGGGACCCAAAGUCCAAAACUCAUAUUCCAUAUAGAGAAAAAAAGGCAUUGAGUGGGACGGCGCGUUACAUGUCCAUAAACACUCAUCUUGGAAGAGAGCAACUGAGAAGAGAUGAUUUAGAGAGUUUAGGACAUGUAUUCCUCUACUUUUUGAAAGGCGCUCUACCAUGGCAAGGUUUGAAAGCACCAACAAACAAACAAAAAUACGAAAAGAUUGGUCAGAAAAAACAAACCACUUCAGUGAAUGAAUUAUGCUAUGGCUUGCCAAUUCAGUUUGCACAAUAUUUGAGCUACGUGAGAGGAUUAAAAUUCGACGAAACUCCAGAUUAUAAUUAUUUGAUAUCAUUAAUGGAUAAAGCGCUUAUAUCCAUUGAUGCUACUGAAGAUGGCCAUUAUGAUUGGAUGGACUUGAAUAACGGAAGAGGUUGGGAUGCUGCAUUAAAUAAAAAGGCCAACCUACAUGGCUACGGUAAUCCACACCCUCCCCAGAAUUCAUCACAAAACGCUCAAUUGUAUAACAAGCAUAGAAAGUCGACAAAUACACCUCCACAGAGGUCCCAACGCACGAGCCGUAAUUUGGCUCCACAGGGUAAAAACCCUCGUUCGAAAUCAUUAACCUACGGCAACUAUAAUUCGAUAACACAAGAUAGAAAUGGUCAAGUAGCCUCUAGAAACGAAUAUCAGGAUGGUAUGAUACCAGUAAGAGAUGAUGGUGAUUUACAUUCAGACACAUCGAGCUUUAACGAGAGAAGGCAAAAAGAAAAAGGUUGGUUCCGAAAAUUGUGCUGCUGCUUCUAA